CAGAGCAGGAUCGAGGAGGCAGGCGGGCAGCCGUGGCCAGAGCCCGGGCACAGCCGGGCCCUGCGUGAGUGGGUGCGGAUUCUGGCUCCAGACAGAUCGUCUUGAAGUGGGGGCCUCCCUGACCAGAGACGGGUUAAGAAGGAGAGCGCGGGGCCCACCACCCCACCCAGCCCAGGAAGGCCGGCAGUGGGACCCCGCCCAGCUCGGUGCGUUGCCGGAGGAAGUUAAAGCUGCAGAGGAGUCCCGGAGAGGCUCCCACAGGUGGCCUGCAUCACUGCGGAGGCGGCACCAUGCUGGGCCCCCACCUGCCACCCCCACCCCUCGGACCCAGCGAAAGCCGGCCUGCCCCCUGCGCCUUCCGGAUCCCGGAUGGGAGCUACAGGUGCCUGGCCUUGGAGGCUGAGGAGAGCGGUGGCGAGGAGAGCCUGCAGGGAGAGGCAGGGCUUGCGGACUUGGAAGAGGACAGGGUGGCCAGCAGGCAUGGGGACAACUCCAUCUACAGAGCCACCCCAGGGGCACCGGAGCUGCCCAAGGCCCUGGGCCUCCAGCCACCCAGCUUCUCCAGGGAGGCACACAGGGACCCCCAGCAUGACGACAGGGCCAGCCAGGACUGGGACGUGGUGAAGGCCCGGCAAGUGAUGACAGCCAGCCCCAGCCCCAGCCCCAGCCCCAGCCCUGGGCCCAGGAUUCCCCAGAAACCAGGUAUUGAGUGCCGGCUACCCGAGGGUGCUGGGGACCCAGCACUGGGCAAAACAGGUGUGGUUGCUGCCCCUCACGGAGCUUAUGAGGUGGAGACUGAAGACUGA